GCGCACGUCGCACCGGUCGCGCAGUCAGUCUUGUCCGAUCCGUCAAGUAGUUUGUGAGCGUCGUUCAUUCCAUCGGUUUUCGCGGCGCUCAUAUAAUCUACCCGUCUCUUUCUUUCUCUCUCUCGCGUCUACGACGGACCACGUCAGACUACAAUCCCAUUCCACGACAUCCCACAUCGCGUUACUCUCCAGCUUCUUUCACGACACGGUCGCGGCUAUGACCUAUGACAGAGAACACGACACGUCGGCCGGCGGCGUUUCGUUUGCCGCGGUAAUCGCAUAAAAAGCCCUCCGUGUAACCGCUGCACGGCGUCGCGCACGAAGCCACGGGACGUCGAUGAAGGUAGUGUCGACGACGGCGCGCUCGAAGUCAAGCGCGCCUCGAAUCAUCGAGCCGGAGAACCGAGAGAACGUGACGGAGGAGACGACAAGAAGGCAGACGAGAUAUAUAUAUACGAAUUUCGGUUGACAGCUGACAGUCGAGCGGCGUGAAGAGAAAGAGAAAGAGAAAGAGAGAGUGAGGAGAGACAGAGAGCCUCCUCGUUCUCGUCCUCGUCCUCGUCCUCGUCGUCGUGGUGCCGCGUGUGCGUGUGUGCGUGCAUGUGUGCGGGUACGGGCGGCGGAUCACCCGGUGCUGAGGAGGACGCGACGGCGACGGCGACGGCGACGGAGACGGCGACGGAUCGCGGACGUGCGACACGAUGACGGCGAUCCUGGUCUCCGUGGCGGAGCUGUCCAACAUAUUCUCGGUGCUCGCCGUGCUGAUAUGCUUCUGCGGGGUCUUCCUCUUUAUCAUGAGGAACAUGAUGGUACUACGUGUCCACGGCGACGACUUGAUGUUCGGCGGCGGCAGCGGCGUGAUAACGCAUUCGCCGCGCAUACCGCAAAUGGAGAUGAUGAAGGUCCACAUUCCCUUCACCUUCAAGCUUCAUGAGAGCUUCAAGAGCACGUACGCUGAGGUGGAGUGCGAGGUGUCUAGCCAAGUGGAGUAUUCGCUGCAAGCGAUCUGGGGCGUCUGCAUAAGAGAGCUACACCUGGCGCUCUGGAAACCUUGGAGCACGUUACGAGACGCGUCCCUGAACGGGACUCUUCUACAGGGCCACGCGCAGUACCUCACGCCGCCACAAACUAGACAGCCACACGGUGAGGAAACGUUGAGAUUAUCUCUACCAGCUCCGGAACUCGAGCUCGGCACUCCGCCACGGCUCUGCUAUCCUCUGGUGAUUUUUCUUACUCGAAGAGACAAUCGGGAUCCUCAUCCUGACGAAACCGUGGCCCUGGUAAACGUCGUUCACAUUAAGGACAGCGUGUGUACAUUGCCGACUUCGAUUCUAGCGCAGUAUUUGAAGCAGGCAAACGGCCAACUGUCUUGUUUGAAGCAAUUGUACCUGGCCACGGGCAACUCCAGCAACUACGAUGAGAGCGAUGCGAUGUCUUCGGCUGGUCUGGGUUCGCCAGCCCUGGCGCUUGCCGAGCCGUGUAAUAACAACGACAGCGCCGGCGCCGGCAGUCGCGGUGCUCUGGUGGCAUCCGGUCAGAGUGGUGACCAGGAAGGCGGCUCGCUUUGGAACACCGCGGGUGAGCAGCUCUGCGUCGUCUGCCAGUACUUCCCAUUAUCACGUGCCCUGCUACCAUGCCGACACACCUGUAUUUGCGCCUCGUGCUUCGGCAAGCUCGACCGGUGCCCGAUGUGCCGCAGUCCGAUCAAGAGCUACUUUUGCAUACGCAGCGAGGAGUACAUGCCACCGGAGAAGGAGAUCAAUCCUUGCAAACAACGUCAGUCCAGCCACGGACCUACUCAUUGGCUCCACGAUUGGAAUGAUCGGCUCACUGAUUUCCUCGGCUUCGCCCGAUAGGAGUAUCACUCUCACUAAGGUCGCACGUUCUAUAUAAGCAAAUGUCAGGAUGGUCGACAGACUUUUUGUUUAAUAUAGAUAAUUUCUGCAGGUUUAUUCCUAUGUAAAUCCUAGUGACC